UCUCUACUCUCUACUCUCUACUCUACCUACUCUAUCUACUCUACUCUAUCUACUCUACUCUCUACUCUACCACCACCGACUAUAUCUCACUCUACUAUACUAUACAACUAUACAACUAUAGAGCACAACAACACAUCUAUAUUCUCUGCUUGGGUUCUCCAUGGUCUACUUGCUCUCAGCCACCACUCACAAUCUGCGCUUAUGAUCUCUCUCCCUACCCCCACUCACUCGCUUCUUUCCAGUCACGCUGCGUGGGAGCUACUGGGCCAACUGUACUGCUGCACAUCUCCAUGGUGGAGCAUUCUAAACUCAACUACUCUACCCUCAAUCAGAUAUACUCUUCCUUCAUACUCCUUCCAUUCUACCCUUCACUCUCGUCCAAACAACCACCGACACAUCUUGACUGAUUCCAACUAUCGCUGUCGCCUCCCUCUCCGCCCUCCCCUCCCACCUCCUUCCGCCCCUUCCGCCCCUUCCGCCCACUGCUCCGUCAGCAAAAUUAAAGAUACAACCACCUCUCGAAUACAUACAACCCACCCCUUUCGCCACGAUCACUCCUCGACUUCCUGUUGGACACGAAGGGACGAGGAGACACGUGGAUUUCCCCCUGUGCGCGGCCACACAUAAUCCCCGAUCAGACAGAAACUCCGCGACGACACCAACCCUUCCACCAUCGCGUCGCUGAAACAAAAUCCAUCGUGGCCCCGUAAAAGUCAUCGCGACGACUUCGACACCUCCCUCAUUUCAUCAGACGUUGUCUUCGGUCGCGAACUUAGUCACCCGCGAUGAAUAACAACGUGAACAUGGCCGCCCUGAAUGCGAUGGGCGGCGGCGCCGUCGGCGGCGCCGUGCCCAUGAUGAACAACGGCGUCCCUGGAAACCAGCGCGCCUUGCCCGUGGACGACUCCCAGAAGAGGGCUCGCCUGAACACAUAUAUCUACGAAUACUUUAUCUGUAACGAGAUGUACGAUUGCGCGAGGGCGCUCAUCAAUAGCGAGCAGCCCGUCAACCUCCUCAAGGGGAGCCCCAACCAGCAGCGCGAUGCGAACGGGAACCCCGUCGAUGGCGUUGGGUCCGACUGUAUGGAGGACUCCAAGGAGGGUAUCGAUAUGAAGAGGCCAGAUGACUUACCCGCCCCCAACCUUCCUAGGGAAUCUUCCGAGAGUUGCUUUCUCUUCGAGUGGUGGAGCUUGUUUUGGGAUAUGUUCAACGCGCAGAGGGGCAAAUCCGAAUCGCAAAACGCGCAGCGCUAUGCAAACUACACUCAAGCCCAGUCGAGGUUCAAGCAGGAGCAACAACAACAGAUGCUCCGUGCGAUGAGCCAAGGCGGGAUGAUGGGGAUGCGUGGCCAGCCAAAUGGCAUGGGGAUGGCCCCGAACGACCUUGCCCGCAAGGCUAUGCAGAAUAACAAUCGUAAUAUAACUCCUCAGCAACAAAUGCAGUUAAUCGCACAACAACAAGCGAAGCAGCAGCAACAACAACACCAGCAGCAGAUGCAACGAGACGGCUCCGAUAUGGACGGCAACCGCCAACAGAGGCCGCAAUCACCCGGGUCGGCUGAGGGCGCGCCGUCGCCUUCGAAACGCCCCCGCCUCGAAAAUGCGCCAUUCAACGCGGCUCAGGGAAUGAUGCCGAAUGGAAGAGGACAGGGAAUUCUAGGCCAGCAUGGUGCCGGUCCCGCUGGCAACGUCGCACCGAACGCGCAGAUGCUCCUUGCCAAUGGUAUCAACCCUGGCAACUUGACCGCGCAACAGUUCCAGAACUUCCCUGGCCAGGCGCAGGGCCCCAAGGCCUUGCAGCAAUACAACAACAACCUCGCCCAGCACCAGCAAAGCCAGAUGCCCAACAAGGGAAUGCCCAAUCCAAAUGGACCGCAAGGCCAGGGCUCUCCCAUGAUGCCGAACCAAGACGGCAAUAUUGCGGGCUACUACAACGCUGAGCCAAACGGCAUGCGACCGGGGUCUAACAUAGGGCCUAAUAAUGGUAGCCACGCCUUGCAAGACUACCAGAUGCAGUUAAUGCUAUUGGAGCAGCAGAACAAGAAGCGACUGUUAAUGGCGCGACAAGAACAGGAUGGUUUGGCUAAUAACCGUGACGGGUCUGGUGGACCUGGACAAGGUGGACCGGGUGGACCUGGUGGACCUAACGGACAAUCUUUCCAAGUAACGUCGCCGCAGGGAGCUCGAUCCGUCAACUCUCCAAAUCCGAAUGAUAUGAAGCGCGGGACACCACAGAUGAACACGACCGGCGUGCCUUCUCCGCUGCCUGAAGGCCAGUCUCGCGGAUCUCCUGGUUCAAUGGGUUUCAUGCCCGGGAACAUCGACCCGAACAUGGCACCUCACUUCUAUGGAAAGGUCAAUGGAAUGGAGGGAGGCAUGAUUGGUGGGGUGCCGAACGUUAUGCGUCCCCCGAGUUCGCACCCUACGGCAUUCAACGCCAAUGGCCAGCCCAAUCAGCAGAUGAUCAACAUGCAACGACAGCAGCAACAGCAGCAACAGCAACAACAGCAGCAACAGCAGCAACAGCAACAACAGCAACAACAGCAGCAAGGCAAUGUCAAUCAACAACAAGUCCAGGGCUGGCCUGCUGGGCCUAAUGGUACCCCUAUGAUGCAACAAGCAUCACAACCAGGGGCGCCGACACCACAGCCAGUUGGAACGCCUCAGCAACGUGCCAUGCCACCGCCAUCUGCUCCUGCUGUUGCUCAGGCAGCUAACGGCCGCACAACAACCUCUUCCCCGCAACAACCUGCGGCACCCCCGACUCCAUCCCAAACUACCAAGGCAAACCCCAAGGCGAAGAAGGAUACCAAGCCCAAGCGAAACACAAAGAAGGCAGCUCCCGCAGGGAUAACACCCGCCGCCGAGGGUACCACGGAAGCGGCGACGCCUACGCCCGCGACGCCGAUCACGCCCAUGCACGCGCAGAGCUUCAACAAGAGCGGGCAGAACAACGGACAAGCGAACGGCCAGCCUGCAGCGCCGGCCGUCUCGCAGCCUCCUGUGAUCACCCAGCCGCAACCGGAGCCCGUGCAGAACGGCGUGUUCUCGAUGGACGAUGGUAAUUUCAUGUCGGGCAUGUCGAUGGAUUUCGCCAACCCCACUGCGGGCGGCGGCGACGUCCUGCAGGACUUCGACUUCGACUCGUUCCUCAAUAACAACGACGAUAACCCCGAUAACUUCGCCUUUGACACCACCUUCCUCGAUACCGAGGUUAUUGCCGAGUAAAACCCUCCUGCUCCGUCUCUCGUUGCUUUAUAUCGAAAAAGGGGGCGUUUUGUCACACAACUCCUGUGCCCCCCGCCUCAACUCACUUCACCACUCACUCCCACUUAAAGGCGUUCAUCACUGACAUCACAUCACACCACACAAACUACCGAGCAAUAUGGAGAUACCUGCGAAUAAAUGGCGUUUUCUCGUUCGUUGUAGUCAAAGUCACCACCGGUUAUACCACUCUCUGUGCAUUAUUCACAUCCAAUCAUCAAUCAUCAAUCAUCGUUUUUUUAACUUGUUCACUAUUCUCUCCCCUUUUCCCCAUUAUUCUCCUCAUCAGGGUCCGGGAAGGGAGGCGCGCUGGGUCUUUGCUUUGCUUUUUUAUCUUUUCUUUUUUGGGGGUUAAGAUUAAAGGGGGAUGGAUGGGAAUUUCGUGCCUUAUUUUAGAGAAAGAAAAAGCUGAUAGUUCUUUUUUUGAUCAUCGUCGUCGUCGUUGGGUUUUGGUUGUUCACCUCCACCUCCCCUCUUUUUUUGCUAUGUACAUGCCGUUUGUCAAAAGGGGGUCGGAAAGUUCUUUUUCGGUGUGGUCGGUUGGGGACCCCUACUCUCGCUACACGCUGUGGUGGACCCCGAGGAUGCGCGGCUACGGCACAGCCUGGUGGUGGUACGCAGACGCCUCGAACAAAAAAUCGCGCAAGGAAAGCAGCGAAGAGGUUUAGGGAGAUGUCUUCGGAAGGGCGGGCAAGAGACGAACAGGCAAGGGGGCGAAUAUCGUGCACGACCGCACUAUACGCAUGUCUCAUAAUACAACGUAACGCACCACUACAGCCGCAGCGCACGACCCUCGUCAACGGCCAAUAGGGGAGGGUCGGGGAGAGGGGGGGAAAGAGAGAGAGAGGGAGAGUAGUUGAGAGAGGGGAAGAAGAUGGGCGGGUGGUAGGGAGUACGGGAAGGGUAGUCAGGCUGUAAGGUUCUUUAACGGUUUCAGGAUCUCCCAUUUAUUAACGGAAAGCUGGCGUCUCGGGCGGUUGCGAAAUGCGGGGAUUUUAAUGUUUUUGUUGUGCUGCUUUUCUCUUUGGUUUGUUGAUAUGUUUUUUGUUCCCCCCCCCUUCACCACUCUACUCUCCCCUCUUCUUUCUCUGAAUCCGAAAGGGCUUGUGAGGGGGGAGGGACGGGG